AAUACCAUUUUACACGUUGUUAAAUAUUGAAAUGGCUGCAGGUUUCAGAUACACACAACUUUAACAACUUCCCUGAAUAUGUACUGAAUGGCAGCGUCCACUUGUUUAUCUUUCCAGCUGCUUGCAAACAUUCUGUCUGGUUGCUAGGAAGUUGCUAUGGCCACAUUCUGUUUUGGAGUUACAGAGUUAUUGCCAGCUCGGGGCACAAGCUUGGAAGUAGAAUCUUUGGGAAAGCAGUGUGCUGAAACCACUCUCAAAUGGAACAGAGGGCUCUGAAGAAACUGGUGGAGUCCAUCAGUAAAACUGUCAAGAGCUUCACGAAAAGUGAAAUUGAAUGUCUCAUACGCCUUUUCUAUAGCUUUGUGGAAAGACCCAGUGGAAAGCUUGUUAAUGCCAGGCUGGACUGCAACACAUUUCGAGGGAUCCUGCAUAACGUGUUCGGAAUGACUGAUGACAUGUUAAUGAACAGGGUGUUCUUCGUAUUUGACAAAGACAGUGACAACUACGUAAGUGUGCAGGAGUGGGUGAAAGGCCUGGCCGUGUUUCUCCGGGGGACUUUUGAAGAGAAGAUGAAAUUCUGUUUUGAAGUCUAUUAUUUAACUGGAGACGGUUAUAUUUCCCGGGAGAAGAUUUUUGACAUGCUGAAGAACAGUCUCUCCCAGCAGUCCCCUGAAGAAGACAAUGAUGAAGGAAUAAGGGAGCUGGUGGAGAUAAGCCUGAAGAAAAUGGAUCAUGACAAUGAUGGCAAGAUCUCUUUUGCAGACUUUGAAAAAGCAGUGAGAAAAGACAGGCUUUUGUUGGAGGUGUUUGGACCAUGCCUCCCAGAUGCAAAGGUAGUCACAAAUACUGAAAGCUUAAAGUAGAUGAGGGAAAAAUUUCAUUAAAAUUAUGAGUGUGUGUGUGGGGGGUACACAUGCCAUGUGCUGGCUAGUUUUAUGUCAACUUGACACAAGCUAGAGUCAUCUGAAAGGAGGGACUCUCAAUUGAGAAAAUGCCUCCAUAAGAUCUGGCUGCAGGGCAUUUUCUUAAUUAGUGAUUGAUGGGGGAGGUCCCAGCCCAUGGUGGGUGGUGCCAUCUCUGGGCUGGUGGUUCUGGGUUCUAUAAGAAAACAGAGGCAGACCCAGGCGGAUCUCUGUGAGUUUGAGGCCAACCUGAGCUACAGAGUGAGUUCCAGGAAAGGCGCCAAAGCUACACAGAGAAACCCUGUCUCGAAAACAAAAAAAGGAAGUGGGCUGGGCAAGCCACGAGGAACAAGCUCCUGCCUCCAGGCUCCUGCCUUGUUUGAGUGCCUGUCCUGACUUCCUCCAAUGGUAGCCUACAAGUGGACUACAGCUGAGGCAUAAGGCAAAUAAACCCUUCCUCCCCAACUGACUUUUGAUCAUGGUGUUUCAGAUAGUAACCCGAUCUAGGACAACGCCUGUGUGGAGGUCAGAAGUCAGUUUGUAGGAGCCUGUUCUCUCCUGCCACCAUGUGGGUCCCAGAGAACUGAACUCAGGUAGUCGGGUUUCUAAGCAAGUGCCUUUACACAGUGAGCCAUCUUGCUGGCCCAAUGAAGGGAAAAAUGUAAAGGACUAGAAAAUAAUACACACUAGCCUCUCACUGUGUAGCUUCAGCCCAUUGCCAAAUUGCAGACAAUCAAUCAUAAAGUCAUCAGCUCAUUCCAGUUUGGGGCUAAAGACGGCAUUACUAUUUCAGUAAUUAUAGUUAGCAGACUUGACUUAGCCUGCUACCUCUUGGCCACACAAAGAAGGAAUAUGCAUGUACCAUGUCAAGCAGGGAAAGAGAAAGAGGCAGGGAGCAUCUUCACACACACAUGUGCAUGUGUAUGUGUACACACACACACACACACACACACACACACACGGGCACAGCAGGAGGGAGA